AUGGUGUCGAGCGAAGAGUGGCGCUUUCAAAAGCAUGCGGGCAUUGCAACGCUGCUGGCCUUCGUGGCGGGCUACGCUGAUGUGGUGAGUUUAGUUCGCUAUCAGGCCUUUUCCAGCAUCUUGACUGGGAACGUGAUCUAUCUGGGCCGUGUCUCUGUCACGCCUCAAGCGGAUGACAAGCAUACGGGUUGGUUCUAUGUGGCCGUGUGUUUGACUUUCAUGAUUGGUUCGUUCAUGCAACGCCUGUGCGAGCUAGCUUGGCCCAACAGGGGUGGUAGUAUAGCAGCUGUGCCGCUGGUGGGAUUGAUGAUGAUCUCAGAGGUCCUGUAUCUCAUCACGGACUGGCAGUACCAUGAACAGGUCCUACGAUGGACGGUGGUUUUUGUGUCGCCCCUAUUCGGAGUGGUCUCUGCUGCCUGUAGCACUGGCCGGAUGGGCACACACACGACCAUGGUCACAGGGCAUAUCUUGAACGUCACCCAGAUUGUGGCUCGACGCCUUUAUGGAGAGAAGAUCACUCAGGACACGUGGAAGAAGUUCACGAUGAGCAUCAUGGUCAUUGGUGGAACAGUGGGCGGGGCUUGCAUAGGCAGUUUAGCCCUGAUGAGCACAAAGAGCCAUAUUCUGUUGUUUCCAAUGCCAAUCGUGAUCUACAUCCUCUUGUGGUUGCAUGAUCACCUUGCCCGCCCGAGAUCUUUGAUCAAGAAGGUCCAGAAGAGAUGGAGGGAGAACUCCGACAACGUGUCCGUCUCGGAUUCUCACGAUGAUUCGUCAGUGGCCGCAGCCUCUGACGACGAGUCGGAGAGCCACGACCAGAACUGCAUUGAGCAGCUGAUGCAUCAAAGGUUCGAAAUCGAACAAGAAUACCAGGUGGCACAGGAUAGAGAGAUGAUGUUGCAGAUACAGCUGUCAGAGCUGCAUCACGAUAGAACUGAGAAGCAGGAGCAGUUGAGAGAAAGAGAGAUCGAGCGCCAAGCAGAGGCUGAGCCCAAGCUCCGCAAAGCCAGAGAGGAGAUUGAGUUGCUGAACAAGGAGUCAGAAGUCCUGAAAGCCAAGAAGGAAAGCUAUCAGGAAAAGCUGGAGGAGUACAAUGCUCGCAUCAAGGAGGCGGAUUCUUUUGAGAAGGGAGAUCACUUGCAGAACAUCACUUGGUCUGACGGAUUUGGUCCGAAUUGA